ACUGAGUGGUCCAGGAGGCCUCAGAGGAGAUGAAAUGUUUUAGCUGUGCUCAUCUUAAUUUCAGAGAGAGCCGCAGCAGUUCGAUCGAUUUUAGAGCUCAGAGGGGGAAGGAAUUUUAAGCGUUUAAAUGUAAAGGAAGAAGUAAUUGCCUGGUCUCGAUAAACCUAUGCGUGCUUUGAGGGAAAAUAAUGGCUUCAGUUCUGCUUGAAUAAGUAUUGUGGACCUGUUUCUCGUUGGCAUGGCCUUGUGAAAGCGUUGGCAGCUCUAUGGCCAUUCUAAUUUGGUAGUAGUUUACCCUUCACCUUACCUGAUUUUCAGUGGUUCCACAAGGCAUAUCCUAGAGACAGACCGGAGAGUCCGAGUCCCAGAUAAGGCCUCUGCUGAGGUUUUGCCCGCAGUUGAUCCAAAAUGAGUGUUCCUGACUACAUGCAGUGCGCUGAGGACCAUCAGACCCUCCUGGUUGUGGUUCAGCCGAUUGGUUUUGUGCCAGAAGAGAGCUUCUUCAGGAUCUACAAGCGGAUUUCAGCAGUGAGUCAAGUUAAUGUGCGCGACUCUCAGCGUGUGUUGUAUAUCCGUUAUAGGCACCAUUAUCCGCCAGAGAAUAAUGAAUGGGGAGAUUUUCAGACACACCGCAAAGUUGUGGGGCUGAUAACUAUUACCGACUGUUCUUCUGCAAAGGACUGGCCUCAGACUUUUGAAAAAUUCCAUCUUCAAAAGGAAAUGUAUGGUUCUACGCUGUAUGAUUCCCGGUUGUUUGUCUUCGGACUUCAAGGAGAGAUUGCAGAGCAGCCCCGCACGGAUGUGGCAUUUUAUCCCAGUUAUGAUGAAUGUGAGACUGUGGAGAAGAGAAUAGAAGAUUUUAUUGAAUCCCUCUUCAUUGUCUUGGAAUCUAAGCGGCUUGACAGAGCCACUGAUAAGUCUGGAGACAAGAUCCCGCUACUCUGUGUUCCUUUUGAAAAGAAGGAUUUUGUAGGUUUGGACACAGAUAGUAGACACUAUAAGAAGCGUUGUCAAGGCCGGAUGCGGAAACAUGUUGGUGACCUAUGUUUGCAAGCUGGGAUGUUACAGGAUUCCUUAGUGCAUUAUCACAUGGCUGUGGAACUUCUGCGGUCUGUAAAUGAUUUUCUGUGGCUUGGAGCUGCUCUUGAAGGGCUAUGUUCAGCAUCAGUCAUCUACCAUUACCCCGGUGGUACUGGAGGUAAAACUGGAACUCGUAGGGCACAAGGAGGUUCUCUUUCUGCCGAGGCAGGCAACAGGCACAGACCAGGGGCACAAGAAGUUCUCAUUGAUCCAGGUGCCCUGACUUCAAAUGGUAUAAAUGCCGAUACCAGCGCUGAGAUAGGACGUGCCAAGAAUUGCCUUAGUCCUGAAGACAUCAUAGAUAAAUAUAAAGAAGCCAUUUCUUACUACAGCAAGUAUAAGAAUGCUGGUGUGAUUGAACUGGAAGCCUGCGUGAAGGCAGUGCGAGUCCUUGCAAUACAGAAAAGGAGCAUGGAAGCCUCUGAAUUUCUUCAAAAUGCAGUUUAUAUCAACCUUCGACAGCUUUCAGAAGAAGAAAAAAUCCAACGUUACAGCAUUCUUUCUGAGCUGUAUGAGCGCAUUGGUUUUCACCGAAAGUCUGCUUUUUUCAAGCGCGUAGCAGCAAUGCAGUGUGUUGCACCUAGCAUACCAGAGCCUGGUUGGAGGGCCUGCUACAAAUUGCUUUUGGAAACUCUCCCUGGCUAUAGUCUGUCGCUGGAUCCGAAAGAUUUCAGCAAAGGAACUCAUAGAGGAUGGGCUGCAGUACAGAUGCGUUUGCUUCAUGAACUAGUAUAUGCUUCCAGAAGAAUGGGCAAUCCUGCUCUAUCUGUCAGGCACCUCUCUUUCCUUCUCCAGACCAUGCUGGAUUUUCUUUCUGAUCAAGAAAAGAAAGACGUAACACAGAGCUUGGAAAGCUACACAUCAAAAUGCCCUGGCACAAUGGAGUUCAUCACUCUUCCAGAUGGCCUGAAGUUACCUCCUGUUCCGUUCACCAAAUUGCCUAUUGUGAGAUCUGUGAAGCUCUUGAAUCUCCCCACCAGCCUCCGACCUCACAAAAUGAAAAGUUUGCUUGGUCAGAAUAUGUCAACCAAAAGCCCCUUCAUAUAUUCUCCAAUUAUUGCGCACAGUCGUGGUGAAGAACGAAAUAAGAAAAUAGACUUCCAGUGGGUCCAGGGAGAUGUGUGUGAAGUUCAGCUGAUGGUGUACAACCCUAUGCCUUUUGAGCUCCGAGUAGAAAACAUGGGUCUCUUGACAGCAGGAGUAGAAUUCGAAUCUCUUCCCGCAGCUCUUUCUCUACCUGCAGAAUCUGGUCUCUAUCCGGUAACUCUUGUUGGUGUUCCUCAGACCACUGGACAGAUCUCUAUCAAUGGUUACCACACUUCAGUUUUUGGUGUCUUCAGUGAUUGCCUCCUGGACAAUCUGCCAGGAGUGAAGACCAAUGGCUGUACUGUUGAAGUCAUUCCAGCUUUGCCAAGGCUGCAGAUCAGUACCUCCCUUCCAAGGUCUGCUCAUACGCUUCAGCCGUCUUCAGGGGAUGAAAUCACCACGAAUGUGUCUGUCCAGCUUUACAAUGGAGAGACCCAACAGCUUAUCAUUAAGUUAGAAAAUAUUGGAACAGAACCUUUGGAGAAACUAGAGGUCACAGCAAAAACAGUCAACACUAAGGAGAAGCUGUAUGGUGACUUCUUGAGUUGGAAUCUAGAAGAUACUCUCUCCCAGUUUCCUCUAAAACCUGGCAAAAUUGCAACAUUUACUGUAAACAUUAAAGUGAAGCUGGACUUCUCCUGCCAAGAAAAUCUUCUGCAAGAUCUCAAUGAUGAUGGAAUCAGUGUCAGUGGACUUCCACUUUCCAGUCCUUUCCGACAGGUUGUGAAACCCCGAGUAGAGACUAAACCCAUUAAUCCACCAGAAGGCAGCAAAGCUGGUGACUUCAGUCACGUAAAGACACUGGAAGCCAUUCUGAAUUUUAAAUACUCCGGUGGGCCAGGACACAUUGAAGGGUAUUACAGGAACCUUUCUCUAGGCCUUCACGUAGAAGUAGAGCCGUCCGUUUUCUUUACCCGGGUCAGCACCCUGCCAGCAACCAGCACCCGACAAUGCCAUCUACUUCUUGACGUCUUCAAUUCUACAGAGCAUGAGUUGACCAUUAGCGCUAAGAACAACGAAGAUUUAAUUCUGCACGCGGGGGAAUGUCAGCGUAUGGCUAUCCAAGUGGACAAGUUCAAUUUUGAGAGCUUCCCAGAAUCCCCUGCGGAUGGGACACAGUUUGCGGACGCAAAGCAACUGGAAGAAGAAAGGCAACAGGCGAAAGGUCUGGAGAUUAACAGCAAGCUGGAUAUUUGCUGGAAAAUUCCUUCUUUGAAGCGUGAAGGGGAAGCCAGUGUGGAAGGCGUUCUCAAUCAACUGGUGCUAGAGCAUCUACAGCUGGCUCCUCUUCAGUGGGAUCCUGAGGGACAGAGCAGAACAAAGUGCUCCAAUUUCAUCGGAGCGCCACAACAGGCGUUGCAAGCUGGCACGUGGCUGAACAGCGUUUUCAAAUGGAAGAGAAGACUAGUUUCCACAUAG